UGGCGUCUCUGGUUCUCGCCGGAAUGAACUCCUCUUCCAGCGCACUUGUCCCGGAGCCCACAUCACGGGACUUGACCUGGAAACUCGCCUUCCAACCAACGCCGUGUUAUCUAGGCUUGCAGGUCUUGGGACCAAGGCGCCGGUACAUGUUCAAGCCGGGUUCCUAUCCCUUAGAGGACGUCACCCCACGGCGGCAGUCCUUGCUAGCUCGGCACUGUUGCAUUGGAUGAUUUGGAGAUUGUUCUCGUCCAGCGGCCCGGAAAAUAGGGGUAAACAUGGGGAAACGGAGUUGCAUCGCGGGCCGGAUCUUGCAUAUAUGAAUUGCGUCGCCCUCGUUAUGGAGCGUCCUUGUUGACCUCUCAUCCUCGCCCACGCCGACCUCGGUCUCUUAAGAUAGGUCCUCUUGAUUAUCGCCCGAGUCUCACUGUUGCCAAACGGUCAAGAUGCACAUCCAAUCUCUCACCGUUCCCCUCUUGGCGGCGUCAUUGCCCAUCGCCUCGGCCCAGCUGGACUACUACGCGAAGAAGGCAGGCUUGCUGUACUUUGGUGCUGCAACUGACUCCCCGGGACAGCGCGAGCGCGCUGGUCUGGAGGCAUCUUACGAGCAGUACGAUGCUAUCCUCGACGACAUCAACGAGUUUGGCCAGACUACCCCGACUAAUGGUCAAAAGUGGCUUUUCACCGAGCCCUCGCCGGGUGUUUUCAAUUUCACAGAGGGUGAUAUCGUGACCUCCAUCGCCGAAGAGAACGGCCAGAUCCUACGCUGUCACGCUCUUGUCUGGCACAGCCAGCUCGCCCCCUGGGUUGAGACCACAACAUGGACGCCGGAGGAGCUCACCGAGGUGAUUGUCAGACACAUCCACGAGGUUGCCGGCCACUACAAAGGCAAGUGCUACGCCUGGGAUGUCGUCAACGAGGCUCUUAACGAGGACGGCACAUAUCGCGAGUCCGUAUUCUACAACGUUCUCGGUGAAGAAUACCUCAAGUUGGCUUUCCGCACCGCGGCGGAGGUCGAUCCGGCGGCGAAGCUGUACUACAACGACUACAACCUCGAGUCGGUCGGUCCCAAGAGCGAGGGCGCCAAGCGCAUUGUGAAGCUGCUCCAGGACGACGGCAUCAAGGUUAAUGGCAUUGGUAUGCAAGCCCAUCUCGUGGCUGAUCGCGCGCCUAGCCUGGACCAGCAAGUCGAGGUCAUUCGCAGCUACGCCGAGCUUGGAGUCGAGGUUGCCCUUACAGAGCUGGAUGUCCGCAUUGAGCUCCCGGUCAACGAAACAAACCUGGCCUGGCAGAAAGAGGCGUAUUAUAACUCUACCAGUGCCUGUGUUCAGGUAGCGGCUUGCAUUGGCAUCACGAUCUGGGAUUUCUACGACCCGUUCAGCUGGGUUCCCGCCGUCUUCCCGGGUGAGGGUGCUGCUCUCCUCUGGUUCGAGGACUUCAGCAAGCACCCGGCUUACGAUGGAGUUCUUGAGGCAUUGAAGAACAAGACUGCACCUCCCUGCAGAAGAAGGCGGUCAUUGGAGUCUGGCAAGAGCAAGAAGCUUUUCUAGUCAAUGAUGAGUAAAUGGAUGUUGGCGGAGCUUUGCACCAAGCGUCCUAGUCGAGAGCUUAGCUGAAGCAAAGUCAUGAGGGCGAGAUGAAGUUUAGAUACCCAAUCAGCGUAGCGUUCGUGGUCUCAGGAUCUAUCUCUCACAAAAUGACAAGCCCAUUGAGCUCUCGAACAAAGCAUGCCGUAUUUAGUCUGAUGUACAAUCAAAAUACAUCCCAACUAAACCUAUGCUUUGCAGAUGUGUUUAUCACUCGGCCUGGGCCAAUCCCAAUCACCUUGAAUCUUCACCUACGAUGAGCCUCUAGAGCCAGUUUCACAUUCUCAAGUGCCAAUGAUUCUUUUUCCAUUACAUCAGGGAUCUUUUGGGCGCGGGGCACAAGGC